AUGAAUCCUUCUGAUCCAAUGCUUUUCGCCGUUCAAGGAAGCUACGGUUUGAGUGCAAAAGCGGAAGCAAAUGCCGCGAUGGCGGAUCGCGCGCGGCGCGCCGCACCCGCCGACGACGGUACCGUGCGGAUUAACGGUAUCGUUCUUCCGGCUGACAUGUCUGAUGAGUUGAAAACGCUCAAUGUGAAGCUCGAGGAUACCGCUGUUGAA